AUGGCGUACUGUGGCCAGGGCCAGAAAGUGCAGAAAGUGAUGGUACAACCAAUCAAGCUCAUCUUCAGAUACCUGCAAAAUAGAUCCUGGAUUCAGGUGUGGCUCUAUGAGCAAAUGAAUAUGUGGAUAGAGGGCUGUAUUAUUGGUUUUGAUGAGUAUAUGAACCUUAUAUUACAUGAUGCAGAAGAGAUUCAUUCUAAAACAAAGUCAAGAAAACAACUGGGUCAAAUCAUGUUAAAAGGAGAUGAUAUUACUCUGCUACGAAGUGUUUCCAACUAGAAGUGAUCAAUGAAGUGAAAACUGUU